AUGGCACCGUGGAAAAAGUUAGCAGGGGGUCUCAGCCUUUUGACUGUAAUUCUGCCCCCAAUCAGCCCCUACUUCAAGUACUCUGUCAUGAUCAACAAGGCCACACCCUACAACUACCCAGUGCCUGUCCGAGAUGAUGGGAACAUGCCCGACAUACCCAGCCACCCCCAGGACCCCCAGGGGCCCAGCCUGGAGUGGCUGAAGAACCUGUGAGCACCUCCACUGACCAAGGCCGGCCCUCUCUCGGCUCCCAAUAAAAAUGUGAAAACCAA